CACGUGGCAACAUUACACCAUGGUGGUUAAGGCAAUGCAGGCCACGCGUCUGAUCCCAAACGACACCUCCCUGUUAUAAAUUCUUAUGUUGGUUCCGCAAGCUAACUCCUUAACUGUCGUUACUCCCAGGCUUCCUCCUUCUCAAAGCUCGUAAUCUUUUUCUCUUAAUGUCAUUAAAUAAUCAAGUUAUUUUCAGAUUAAGGCCCACUUGCUCCACUCGCCUCCUGUCCCUUAACCGUCGCUUUAGAGUCUCGCGAGAACAGCCCCUUUUUUGUGUGUGUGUUGUCAUGCCUUCAAAAGGCGGGUCACACGAAAACUGACACAGGCUUCAGCCAACCGAAUUGUCUUUUAACUCUCUUCUCCACAGCGUGCGUGGGGAGGCCUCCGUGAACUCUGACCUUAGCUUUCCGUAGCGUCCCGCGUCUGCCGCCCCCGCCCCCGGAGUGAAGGAGGCGGGCUUUGGCCUUUUGCCCUAGGGAGCGAGUGCGGAGCGAGUGGGAGCGAGACGGCCCUGAGUGGAAGUGUCUGGCUCCCCGUAGAGGCCCUACUGUACGCCCCGCCGCCCAUGAGCUCGUUCUCACGCGAACAGCGCCGUCGUUAGGCUGGCUCUGUAGCCUCGGCUUACCCCGGGACAGGCCCACGCCUCGCCAGGGAGGGGGCAGCCCGUCGAGGCGCCUCCCUAGUCAGCGUCGGCGUCGCGCUGCGACCCUGGAAGCGGGAGCUGCCGCGAGCGAGAGGAGGAGCUCCAGUGGCGGCGGCGGCGGCAGCAGCAGCGGGCAGCAGCUCCAGCAGCGCCAGCGGGCGGGAUCGAGGCCGUCAACAUGGCGAGCGCCUCGUACCACAUUUCCAAUUUGCUGGAAAAAAUGACAUCCAGCGACAAGGACUUUAGGUUUAUGGCUACAAAUGAUUUGAUGACGGAGCUGCAGAAAGAUUCCAUCAAGUUGGAUGAUGAUAGUGAAAGGAAAGUAGUGAAAAUGAUUUUGAAGUUAUUGGAAGAUAAAAAUGGAGAGGUACAGAAUUUAGCUGUCAAAUGUCUUGGUCCUUUAGUGAGUAAAGUGAAAGAAUACCAAGUAGAGACAAUUGUAGAUACCCUCUGCACUAACAUGCUUUCUGAUAAAGAACAACUUCGAGACAUUUCAAGUAUUGGUCUUAAAACAGUAAUUGGAGAACUUCCUCCAGCUUCCAGUGGCUCUGCAUUAGCUGCUAAUGUAUGUAAAAAGAUUACUGGACGUCUUACCAGUGCAAUAGCAAAACAGGAAGAUGUCUCUGUUCAGCUAGAAGCUUUGGAUAUUAUGGCUGAUAUGUUGAGCAGGCAAGGAGGACUUCUUGUUAAUUUCCAUCCUUCAAUUCUGACCUGUCUACUUCCCCAGUUGACCAGCCCUAGACUUGCAGUGAGGAAAAGAACCAUUAUCGCUCUUGGCCAUCUGGUUAUGAGCUGUGGAAAUAUAGUUUUUGUAGAUCUUAUUGAACAUCUGUUGUCAGAGUUGUCCAAAAAUGAUUCUAUGUCAACAACAAGAACCUACAUACAAUGUAUUGCUGCUAUUAGUAGGCAAGCUGGUCAUAGAAUAGGUGAAUACCUUGAGAAGAUAAUUCCUUUGGUGGUAAAAUUUUGCAAUGUAGAUGAUGAUGAAUUAAGAGAGUACUGUAUUCAAGCCUUUGAAUCAUUUGUAAGAAGAUGUCCUAAGGAAGUAUAUCCUCAUGUUUCUACCAUUAUAAAUAUUUGUCUUAAAUAUCUUACCUAUGAUCCAAAUUAUAAUUACGAUGAUGAAGAUGAAGAUGAAAAUGCAAUGGAUGCUGAUGGUGGUGAUGAUGAUGAUCAAGGGAGUGAUGAUGAAUACAGUGAUGAUGAUGACAUGAGUUGGAAAGUGAGACGUGCAGCUGCGAAGUGCUUGGAUGCUGUAGUCAGCACAAGGCAUGAAAUGCUUCCAGAAUUCUACAAGACCGUCUCUCCUGCACUAAUAUCCAGAUUUAAAGAGCGUGAAGAGAAUGUAAAGGCAGAUGUUUUUCACGCAUACCUUUCUCUUUUGAAGCAAACUCGUCCUGUACAAAGUUGGCUGUGUGACCCUGAUGCAAUGGAACAGGGAGAAACACCUUUAACAAUGCUUCAGAGUCAGGUUCCCAACAUUGUUAAAGCUCUUCACAAACAGAUGAAAGAAAAAAGUGUGAAGACCCGACAGUGUUGUUUUAACAUGUUAACUGAGCUGGUAAAUGUAUUACCUGGGGCCCUAACUCAACACAUUCCUGUACUUGUACCAGGAAUCAUUUUCUCACUGAAUGAUAAAUCAAGCUCAUCAAAUUUGAAGAUCGAUGCUUUGUCAUGUCUAUACGUAAUCCUCUGUAACCAUUCUCCUCAAGUCUUCCAUCCUCACGUUCAGGCUUUGGUUCCUCCAGUGGUGGCUUGUGUUGGAGACCCAUUUUACAAAAUUACAUCUGAAGCACUUCUUGUUACUCAACAGCUUGUCAAAGUAAUUCGUCCUUUAGAUCAGCCUUCCUCGUUUGAUGCAACUCCUUAUAUCAAAGAUCUAUUUACCUGUACCAUUAAGAGAUUAAAAGCAGCUGACAUUGAUCAGGAAGUCAAGGAAAGGGCUAUUUCCUGUAUGGGACAAAUUAUUUGCAACCUUGGAGACAAUUUGGGUUCUGACUUGCCUAAUACACUUCAGAUUUUCUUGGAGAGACUAAAGAAUGAAAUUACCAGGUUAACUACAGUAAAGGCAUUGACACUGAUUGCUGGGUCACCUUUGAAGAUAGAUUUGAGGCCUGUUCUGGGAGAAGGGGUUCCUAUCCUUGCUUCAUUUCUUAGAAAAAACCAGAGAGCUUUGAAACUGGGUACUCUUUCUGCCCUUGAUAUUCUAAUAAAAAACUAUAGUGACAGCUUGACAGCUGCCAUGAUUGAUGCAGUUCUUGAUGAGCUCCCACCUCUUAUCAGCGAAAGUGAUAUGCAUGUUUCACAAAUGGCCAUCAGUUUUCUUACCACUUUGGCAAAAGUAUAUCCCUCCUCCCUUUCAAAGAUAAGUGGAUCCAUUCUCAAUGAACUUAUUGGACUUGUGAGAUCACCCUUAUUGCAGGGGGGAGCUCUUAGUGCCAUGCUAGACUUUUUCCAAGCUCUGGUUGUCACUGGAACAAAUAAUUUAGGAUACAUGGAUUUGUUGCGCAUGCUGACUGGUCCAGUUUACUCUCAGAGCACAGCUCUUACUCAUAAGCAGUCUUAUUAUUCCAUUGCCAAAUGUGUAGCUGCCCUUACUCGAGCAUGCCCUAAAGAGGGACCAGCUGUAGUAGGUCAGUUUAUUCAAGAUGUCAAGAACUCAAGGUCUACAGAUUCCAUUCGUCUCUUAGCUCUACUUUCUCUUGGAGAAGUUGGGCAUCAUAUUGACUUAAGUGGACAGUUGGAACUAAAAUCUGUAAUACUAGAAGCUUUCUCAUCUCCUAGUGAAGAAGUCAAAUCAGCUGCAUCCUAUGCAUUAGGCAGCAUUAGUGUGGGCAACCUUCCUGAAUAUCUGCCAUUUGUCCUGCAAGAAAUAACUAGUCAACCCAAAAGGCAGUAUCUUUUACUUCAUUCCUUGAAGGAAAUUAUUAGCUCUGCAUCAGUAGUGGGCCUUAAACCAUAUGUUGAAAACAUCUGGGCCUUAUUACUAAAGCACUGUGAGUGUGCAGAGGAAGGAACCAGAAAUGUUGUUGCUGAAUGUCUAGGAAAACUCACUCUAAUUGAUCCAGAAACUCUCCUUCCACGGCUUAAGGGGUACUUGAUAUCAGGCUCAUCAUAUGCCCGAAGCUCAGUGGUUACGGCUGUGAAAUUUACAAUUUCUGACCAUCCACAACCUAUUGAUCCACUGUUAAAGAACUGCAUAGGUGAUUUCCUAAAAACUUUGGAAGACCCAGAUUUGAAUGUGAGAAGAGUAGCCUUGGUCACAUUUAAUUCAGCAGCACAUAACAAGCCAUCAUUAAUAAGGGAUCUAUUGGAUACUGUUCUUCCACAUCUUUACAAUGAAACAAAAGUUAGAAAGGAGCUUAUAAGAGAGGUAGAAAUGGGUCCAUUUAAACAUACAGUUGAUGAUGGUCUGGAUAUUAGAAAGGCAGCAUUUGAGUGUAUGUACACACUUCUAGACAGUUGUCUUGAUAGACUUGAUAUCUUUGAAUUUCUAAAUCAUGUUGAAGAUGGUUUGAAGGACCAUUAUGAUAUUAAGAUGCUGACAUUUUUAAUGUUGGUGAGACUGUCUACCCUUUGUCCAAGUGCAGUACUGCAGAGGUUGGACCGACUUGUUGAGCCAUUACGUGCAACAUGUACAACUAAGGUAAAGGCAAACUCAGUAAAGCAGGAGUUUGAAAAACAAGAUGAAUUAAAGCGAUCUGCCAUGAGAGCAGUAGCAGCACUGCUAACCAUUCCAGAAGCAGAGAAGAGUCCACUGAUGAGUGAAUUCCAGUCACAGAUCAGUUCUAACCCUGAGCUGGCGGCUAUCUUUGAAAGUAUCCAGAAAGAUUCAUCAUCUACUAACUUGGAAUCAAUGGACACUAGUUAGAUGUUUGUUCACCAUGGGGACCAUUACAUAUGACCAUACAAUGCACUGAAUUGACAGGUUAAUCAUAAGACAUGGAAAGAGAAGUGUCUAAAAGCUUCAAAAUGUUCCACUUUUUUUUCCUUCAUGGAGACUGUUUGUUUGGCUUUCUUCCAUUGUUGUUUUUGUAGCAUUUAUUUCAGAAAUGUGUAUUUCCAUAAUCCAGAGGUUGUAAAACCACUAGUGUUUUAGUGGUUACAGCAACAUUUGAAAUGGAAACUAAAAGUUAGGAUUUUAUGGAGUAUGGAGAUAGGGUCCAGUAUCUAUUUACCCUGUAAUGUUUAGGAUUAAAAUGUUAAAAUUUUGUGACCAUGAAUUUCUUUCUUUUAUAAAUUUUCUCAUUUAAAAAUCAAAAAUCUUGCAAAACAAAAA